GACUGAUCAAUUGGCGGGGCACUAUAAUCGCAUCUUGAAGCGACUAACAUUACCUCGAAUAGACUCUUGCAGUAAUUGCAAGAACAACUACAGAGGAACAGUGUGUCUCGAGCUGCAUACACCACAAAAUCUUCAUCCCAAGAGACAAAAGACAUACAAAAUGACAGACACUCCAAUUCGCCUUACAGUCCUCAUAUCCGGCAACGGCAGCAAUCUCCAAGCUGUGAUCGACGAAAUCGCCAAACCCACAGACUCCAAGCUCCCCAACACCCAGAUCGUGCGCGUCCUUUCCAACCGCAAAACCGCCUAUGGUCUCGAACGAGCCACCAAAGCCGGUAUCCCCACAACAUAUCACAACCUCUUGAAAUACAAGAAGGCGCACCCAGCAACACCAGAAGGCGUACAACUCGCAAGAGAAGAAUAUGAUGAGGAAUUGGCGCGAUUAGUGAUUGCUGAUAAGCCUGAUUUGGUGGCUUGUUUGGGGUUUAUGCAUGUUUUGUCGACGAGGUUUUUGGUGCCGUUGGAGGAAGAGGGGAUUAGGAUUGUGAACUUGCAUCCUGCGUUGCCGGGGGCGUUUAAUGGGGUUGAUGCAAUUGAGCGUGCUCACGCAGCUUGGCUGGAAGGAACUAUCACCAAAAGUGGCGUAAUGAUACAUAACGUGAUUUCAGAAGUUGAUAUGGGACAACCUAUCCUCGUCAAGGAAAUUCCGUUCGUGAAAGGCGUCGAUGAGGAUUUGGGGAAGUUCAAGGAGAAGGUGCAUAGUAUCGAGUGGGGUGCUGUGAUCGAAGGGUUGCAAAUGACUAUUGGUGAAGUUAGAGCGAAAUGUUCUUCUUGAUUAUCAAUCAUCAAUACGUCUUGCUACGUGCUGCGUCCGGUAUGCAGAGAAAGUCUCGAAUAUAGCCCUCAAAGCUGAGCACAUCAAUGAACCUGAGACAUAUCUGGUCAUCGCAAACCACGUUGCACAAUUGGACUCUGGUUCGUCGCAUAGCCGAAAAUCGAAACGAUCUGUCACGCGAUUCUAUCACUGUGCAGAUGGCGGUGACGCGAAGCAAGGUGCAACUGUGGAAGUGAAGCAACUCGAAAACAAAAUUACAUCCACCUUUGAUAAUGAACAGGUAGAACAGUCUAUGUUUCGCUAUACGGAAGAUUCAGACUCACACAUGCGCUCGCCUACAAGAGGAAAAUGAAGAGUUUGAGUUGACUCGAAUCUUAAUUCAUGUACAUAUACUUUUUGAACGCAUCUUGUCAUGCAUGCAU